AGUCCCUCCUCCCUUUUCCACCAUCAAAUUAAUAUUCUCUCCAUCAACUUCAACUCAGCAAAAGAAAUUAAAGAACAAGGAGAUCAGAAAUGGGUUUGAAACGUGGAGAAGGGCUGCUGAUCCUCAUGUUCCUCCUCAUGGCUUCCAAUUCCAUGGCAGCAGUUGGCAUGGCCAGCAAGAGCACCAGGAGCAGUGAAUCAUUGUGGCAGUACUGGAACUAUGGCUUCAACCACACGGACUGGUUCCACAGGCACCACAAUGGCACCACCAGAGUUCCCAGCAGGAUCAUUGUUGGUGGCUCCAAGAAUUGGCAAUUUGGCUUCAACUACACUGACUGGGCUCUCAAAAUUGGCCCCUUCUAUCUCAAUGACACUCUCGUGUUCAAGUAUGAUCCUCCCAGCGGCAGCAAUCAUCCUCACAGCGUGUACUUGCUCCCAGACUUCUGGAGCUUCUUGAACUGUGACCUGAAAAGAGCGAAGCUGGUGGCGGAUCCGACGCAAGGCGGCGGCGCCGGCUUCGAGUUCACUCUGAGAAGGUGGCAGCCCCACUAUUUUGCGUGCGGCGAGCGCGACGGCGUCCACUGCAAUCAGGGCAUGAUGAAGUUCUUCGUCAUGCCGCUCUGCCGCCGCUAAUUAUAUCAUCGGAGGCUUUAUUAUUAUGAGUUUGAUUUCAAUAAAAUUUUGUUCCGAAAUGAAUUAAUAAUAAUGUUGUAAUCUGUCUUA